UCGUCACCAUGUCGCCAUUUUGAUUCGAAAUUUAUGACUUGAGUUUUUCCUGCCCUGCUUGCUAAACUUAGCCGCGCUUUGAAUAUCUUUGUGCGUGAGAGUCCAAAUCAAACCUUGUACAUAAGGAAAUGCUACUUUUUUAGCGGCAAUGCCACGGAGCCCUUAAGCGGGGAGGUUGCGGGUUUGGUUGUUUCUACAUUUACAUUUGACCAACGUUAGCCAAGUUGAGCUAGUAAAGAUAGCUCGGUGCUGCCUCAGACCGAACCAUUUUCAAAACAAACCACUCACAUGCUAACGAAUGCUAGCCAGCUCAGGCUAGCUAACAGUUAGCUGGUGACCUAGAGCUGCCUGUUUAUCGUUAAAAUCCUGAAAAGUCUAACAGAGAAGGAGGGAACAGCGCUGGACUUUUGGCCAAAGGUUAUGGUGAGCCUUGCCGUGUGUCCCAAAGAGGCCUGUGUUUUAAGAAAAGACCCAUGCUGAUAAAUGCAACGACUUGCCACACUCUCUGUUGUCUGCACACACACAAAUGCCUGCCUGCCUGUGGAGGAGGUCUGAUUAAAGAUAUCCAGAUUUCAUCCACUGGGCUGAGCCCCCCAUCCCAGCGGCCAACAUGUUUUGGAAGUUCGACCUACACACCACCUCCCACAUUGACCAGUUGCUGGACAAGGAAGACGUGACGUUGAGAGAGCUGAUGGAGGAAGACGACGUCCUGCAGGAGUGCAAGGCCCAAAACAGACGGCUGCUUCUCUUUCUCUCCCAGGACCACUGCAUGCAAGAGCUAGUCAGCCUCAUUACCACAGAGCCCCCUGCUGACCUGGAGGAGAGAAGCCGCUUCAAGUUUCCAAAUAUAGCCUGUGAGCUCCUGACCUCAGAUGUGUCCAUUAUAAACGAUAAGCUCGGUGGGGAUGAAUCUCUCCUUGAGAUGCUCUACAAAUUCCUGGAUAAGGACCCGCCUCUAAAUCCUUUACUUGCCAGCUUCUUCAGUAAAACCAUCGGCAAUCUCAUUGCCAGGAAAACGGAACAGGUGAUCACGUUUUUAAAGAAAAAAGAAGGCUUUAUCGGUCUGGUGCUUAAACACAUUGAUGCCUCUGCCAUGAUGGACCUGCUUCUUCGCCUAAUCAGUUGUGUGGAACCUGCGCCUUUAAGGCAGGAAGUGCUUCAUUGGCUAAAUGAGGAGAAGCUGGUACAGAGACUCAUAGAACUUAUCAGUACUGGCAAAGAUGAAGAAAGACAAUCAAAUGCGUCCCAAACGCUUUGUGAUAUCAUCCGCCUUAGUCGAGAUCAGGCCAACCAGAUGCAGGAUAAUGUGGAGUCUGACCCACUAUUGACUGUGCUGGAGUCGCAGGAAACUGUAACAGGGCUUCUCAAAAAUAUGUUUGAGGGGGAGAGGAGUGAGGCCUCCAUUGUUAAUGGAACUCAAGUGCUACUUACCUUAUUGGAGACCAGAAGGUCUGGGUUGGAAGGGUUAAUGGAUCUGUAUUCUCAGGGUUACGAAAGGUCUUACACUGUCAACAGCAGUAUUUUAAAUGCCAUUGAGCCCCAUUUAAAGGACUUCCAGCAGCUUCUUCUGGACCCCCCUAAGAAAAGUGCAAUAUUGAUGACCGUUGGGAUUCUGGAGCAGCCGCUGGGCAACGCCCGCCUUCAUGUGGCCCGGCUGGUGGCUGCCCUGCUGCAGACCAGCGCACCCAGCAUCUGCCAGGAGCUCUGCAGUCUUGCCACCAUGGACCUACUACUGGAUCUGUUCUUCAAAUAUUCCUGGAAUAACUUUUUGCACCUUCAAGUGGAGCUGUGUGUGGCAGCCAUUCUGAACCACCCGUCUUCAGAGGAGCAGCCCAGCCUCGGCCUCCAGAACCACGACAGGGAUCCGUCAGCAUCCAACGCUGAAGGGGAGGGACAGGAGACGGGGACGAGCAGCGACUCAAAAACAUCUGUGCACAACGCCCUUGUGGCGCAUCUUUUCCAGAAGUGUCAGCUCGUUCAGAGGAUCCUGAAUGCUUGGGAGGAGAACGAUAAAAUACAGGCUGAGGGCGGCACCAGGAGAGGCAACAUGGGUCAUCUGACCAGGAUCGCUAACAUGGUCGUCCAGAACCUGGAGAAGGGACCAGUGCAGGCCCAGCUCUCUGACCUCAUCAAAGAGCUGCCGGAAGACUGCAGAGGUCGCUGGGAGAGCUUUGUUGACGAAACCCUGAGAGAAACCAACAGGAGGAACACGGUGGAGCUGGUAAACACCCACAACAUCCACUCCUCCAGCGAGGACGACGACUUCCCCAACGACAUGUCUCUGCAACAGACGUUCUCAGACUAUCAGAUCCAGCAGAUGACGGCCAACUUCGUGGAGCAGUUUGGCUUCCACGACGAAGAGUUCAGCGAGCACGACGAAAACAUCAAUGCCGCCUUCGACAGAAUUACAGAAAUAAAUUUCACUCUGGAUGCUGAUGAUAAUAGUGCCAACGCAGCUGCUUUUGAAGCCUGCUGCAAAGAAAGGAUACGUCAGUUUGACGAUGCUGAAGAGGACGAAGAGGACAUCUGGGAGGAGAACGAGAUGAACUAUGCAACACAAGCGAAAUCCCGCACAAGGUUUGGGGUGUCUCAGACUUCAGAAGGAGGCUCCAGGAGCAGCAUAGAGAACGGCCGUCAGGAGCAGGACCAGGGCUCUCAGUCAGACGAGGACGAGGAUUGUGAGCAGAGCUCAUCAGAUGCAGAUCACAGCUGGACGGCAAACUUCAGGGAUUCUGGAGGGACCUCGCCGUCCCAAGUGCCAACAGGGUGGGAGAGCUCAUCCAAGGGCGACGCAGAAACGCAGACGGGCUGGGCCAAGUUUGCCGAGUUCCACUCUUUCAGCGGGACUGAGAACGAGCCCAGAUGCAGCUCUCCUGUAGACAACAGUGAUCCUGAGAAACAAGCCAAACAGAACCACGAGCAGGAAGACGUCAGUGCCUCUUCAGACCCUUCUCCACCAGGAGAACAAAGAAGCGCUCCAGUUGUGGCCUCAGACAGCCGUUCCCCCGGGGGAUCCGACGGGGAAGGAGGGGAUAAAGGCGCUACCGUUCCUGCUGCUGCUGUCCCCUCAGAAGUGACCCCGAGCAGUACGACGGCUGACCUCAAAAGUGAGGAGUGUCCAGUGUCCCUGGAGAAGCUCUCCCUGUCAGAGUCGCCUCCUCCUCCUCCUCCUUCACAGCAGCCCGCCGAGGACUCGCCUGGACCCACGCAGCCCGACGGGAAAGAGGACGCGCCACAGAGCCAGGAAGUGUCUGUCAACGGGCCGGUCUGAGGGCGGGCUCACCCAGAACCCCCCCGCGGGCGUCGCCCCCCCCUCCUCCUCCUCCAGAGCGACUCUCCCCAGCAGCUCCAGCGUCUUUACUGCAUCGCUCUGCCACGUUAUUGGACCUGGACACUGCCACUAAACACCGAUAACGGUGGGGGGGGGGGGCGGAACAUUAAAGCAAAGAGAAACAAGGAAAACCCAACAGACAGAGCCAGGUUCAGAGAACUCACCCCCCCCCCCCCCCACACCACCACCACCACCCAGAUGUUGCACAUAAUUCAGAGCAGUUUUAAUGUAGCAGCGACCUUUGAAACUACAUGAUCUGCAGGGUAACAUCUUUACGUUUUUAAAGUCUGAAGGUCUUCUGUCCACUGAUUGGGAUUUUUUAAGGUCAUGUGUGAAACGGAUAGCACAGGCGAACUUUUAACAAAGCCUCAAUCAGAAAUACUUGUUUUUAUUUUGAAUACAAUUUUUUUCUUCUUCUUCUUCUUCGAGCUUCUAAAGCACUUAUGUCGGCAUUUGCUGUAUGGAAUAGCACAACGUUCAUCUCCGCCUGCUGUCCCGCGUGUCCUCUGAUCCACGUCAGCGUUUCUGUUCACCGCUUGGAUUUGUUUUUGGUUUUUUUUUCCUCCUUCCUCCUGGCUGCUGGUAGUGAAAGCGACCCGUCACCAGCUCUCAAUGUUCUGCCGUGUUUCAUGGGGGGGUGGGGGUGUCGAGGAGGGAUUUGAACAGUGCUCUAAUAGUAUUACUGUUUAUUUUUUUGCUCAUGUGCAAUAAUGUUGGUUUGCCAUUUUAUUUAAAAAAAAGCAAAAAAAAUGAGAGGAAUUGACAUUUUUUUUAAAGAAUCAGAGACAUGUGAUGUGGCUUUGGGCAAACAAAUUUGGAUCUAAUCUCAAGCUUAUGUUUCCGAUUUUUACUUUCUACUUUUUCCCCCCCUUUUUUGUGUCUUUUUCAGUGCAUGUAUAUCAGGUUCUCUGUUGACCUAGCUAGUGAGCUAAGACCUUCUGAUUGUAAUGAAUAUAAAGAUCUGAUUGCUAUCCCCCACAAAUCAACCAAACAUUAUCUACCUAUAUACAAAUAUUAUCUACAUUUAAAAGUAAUUUUACAAGCAUUUUUAAGAUUGCCAUUGUCUGUUCCUUCUCUCUCCGCCGAGGACUUCUCCGCAGGGCAGCGGGGGACGCCGCCGUCUCUUCUCUCAUCUGUUUGGGUUGGAUUUUUUUUCUGUGUUCAGCAGCAGGAUUGGAAGGAGCUCCAGGCCUGUCUUGUGUUCUCACUUUAAAUCCUUCAGCAGCGGUCGGCUUCUACGAUUGCUGCGGGGAGGAAAAAAAAAAAAACCUACGACGACCCUAAAACGUUGAAAUUAAAAGCAUAUGGUUUACCACGUUAUUAGCAAAAGAUCUCCUUUGCUGGUUUCAUUGUCUUUCCACCAGGUUUCUGAGGCGGCGCUGCACAGAGGUCCGCUGCUGGGGAUUAGAUCAUCGUCACCCUUUCAGAAAGUUUGACCUCGUUUGUAGGUUUACUAAAAGACAGAGAUCUGGAAAGCGUUUGUUUCUGCCCCGGUCGCCUUCAGCCUCAAUGCACUGCUGGAUAGAUUCUAGUUCAGUGGCCCUCUUCAGCUGGUAUUGCUACUUUUAGCAGAGCGGGCAGGGAAACGUGAAGUGCUCUAAAAACGCACCUGUAGAUGCCGACUUUGGACUUAAAUCCCAGAGGAUAACAGGCAGAAAACUUUACAGUGGGCCUAAAGCAUCGUUGGUUCUGGGUUUCCACUGUUCCUCCAGACCUUUGGUUGGAAAGGAAAUGGUUACUUUCAUCUGAAAAGAGAACUUUGAGCUACGGUCCAGGUUUGGUUCCUCUGAUGUCCGGUUCAGGAGGGGUUUCAGUGCUGGGCCGUCGGGGCUCUCCAGCUGCAGCUGCAGCCUUCCUGUCAGCGUCUGGUUCUGGACUCACGCUGAGGACUGUUGUGUCCUGGAGCAUCAGAAUUGGCUUUAUUUAUAAUCCAGGUUUAUGCAAACAAUUUAUCUUCAAUCCCACUUAGCUCUCAGUGACCGGUAAACAACCGUCAAGCCAGCAUCCUUCCUGUCGCCACAAUAUUUCUGCAUUAAAUAAAACACCUCGAUCUCAUUUGAUAUUCUACUUUUCUGAGAAUCUCAUAUUUGGGUCUAAAUGUCUUAAUCAGAUUUUACUGAAAUAAAACUUAAAAACAACAAA